GAGUUCAUUCUCUCAGGACUGACAGAUCAUCCAGAGCUACAGGUCCCCCUAUUUGUGUUGUUCCUACUGAUUUAUAUUACCACUCUGAUCUGUAAUGGGGGGAUGAUCUUGUUAAUCACAAUUGACCCACAACUGCACACCCCCAUGUACUUUUUCCUCAGGACUUUGUCUUUCUGUGAUCUCUUCUGUUCCACAGUAAUUGCCCCUAAGAUGCUGCAGACUUUCUUAGCUGAGAGGAAAAGCAUUUCGUACAUGGCUUGUGCUGUGCAAAUGUAUUGCUUUCUUGUCUGUGUAGAUGUUGAGUGUCUCUUGCUGGCUGUGAUGGCAUACGACCGUUAUGUGGCCAUCUGUAACCCGCUGCUUUAUACAGUCACUAUGUCCAGGCAGCGUUGUGACCUGCUGGUGGCUGGGGUGUGCGCUGUGGGGUUGGUGGAUACGUUGAUACUCACCUGUUGUACAUUUCGGCUGUCAUUCUGCAGCUCCAACAUCAUCAGGCAUUUCUACUGUGAACUGCCCUCUGUUUUGGGGCUCUCCUGCUCUGAUACACACGUCAGUGAGAUUGUGAUGUUUGCUUCUACAUGUUACACUGUGGUGCUCACCAGUGUGAUUAUCCUCCUCUCCUAUGUCCUCAUCAUCUCCACCAUCCUGCGGAUCCGCUCUGCUGAGGGCCGGCACAAGGCCUUCUCCACCUGUGCUUGCCACUUGACAGCGGUGGUCAUUUUUCAAGGCACCGGCAUUUUUAUGUCUUUCUCUCCAACCUCCAGCUAUUCCAUGGACACGGACAAAAUAGCCUCAUUGUUCUACACGCUGGUGAUCCCCAUGUUGAACCCCCUCAUCUACAGCCUGAGGAACAGGGAGGUGAAAGAUGCGCUGAGGAAAGCCAUGAAUAAACUUCGAACCAAUUCCUCAAUAUUUUCAUCCAAAUGCUGGUUGAGUGAUGGGGAAUGGAAACAAGGGAAUUCCAGCCCAUAG